GGCCCAGGAUUUCAGCAUCUUACAUAAGCCUUACACUCCCCGCCGGAAUCUCUCAAUCAGUCAGUCCCUGCAUCUGUUUCUCGUCCCGCUCUUUCUACCACUGCACUCACCACACCUUCAAAGGUGCUGCAAUCGGAGCCAGCCAGGGAGAUCAAUAAGUUGCGGAGUGUGAGUGAGCUAACGAAGAUCGUUCAGUGUACAUUUUCAUUUGAGUGGUCAAGGAGUUACACAUUGGAUCUCCGUUUCAGUCAAUUUGCCGAGGGGAGAGAAAUAAAGCCUGUGAAAAAUUUGACGUUUUAGAGAGCUUGCGGCUCGGGGUGUAUGACCAGUGGCUAGAGAUAAGAAAAGAGUGGAUCUUGAACAGGGAGGGUUUCUCGAGGUCGUGUUAUCGUGCGAUUCAGCGCCAUUGUCUGGAGCGGAGUGCACAGUGUAGGCUCUGUUGGAGAGGUAAUAGUGAAAGCUGCCAGUGGGCGGAUUGCAAAUACGCAGGGAUCACAUUCAUGAGCUCCCUUUGUUUAAUCAGUCUUGAGAGAACACCAGCAUUUAUAUAGAGAUUAGGGCUACUUCGCUGUUGAGAAGGAGAAAGGGCGAUCGAUCGAGAGCAAUUGAACUCGUGGAUUUCUUCCAGAGUCAAGAGUCCGAAUCCCUGUUUGUAGAAGCUUCCAGGUGAUUGACGAGGUUUUCUCGACGAGAAGACCUCGAGAAAAUCACCCACGAAGCGAAGAGCUUGGUGCGUAAGCACUAUGGCGUUGCACUUGGGCCUCGCCGCUUCCCCGACCACCGGUUUGGGAUUCGCGGACUCAGCUGUUCUCGGAAAUCGGAGCGUGACUUCGGUGAAGAGCUGUCCGAGGGCCGUGCACCACACCGUCAAGCAAGAUGGCUGCCGAGCUCGCUACAACAUGGGAUCCGUGACCUGGCCCUUGAAUGAGUCUCCAUUCACCGAGGAAUUGAAGCAAGGGCGACCUGCCCAAUGGCAGAGCUACUGCGCAGUCCUGUCCAGCCAGUGGCUGGAAGAAGAGCAGGAACUGAAGGAGAGCAUGAACGGGAGUGCGAAUUUGGCCUACUCCUCAGGUGGAGCACGAGAGCUCGUGACAUUGCCCAAGGUUCUGUCCACCAACACCGACUUGGCUCUCCAACCCCGCCAUGGAUCUACUCUGCGAGUCGCCUACCAAGGAGUCCCCGGUGCUUACAGUGAGUCCGCCGCAGCGAAAGCUUAUCCAGGAUGCGAGGCAGUCCCGUGCGAGCAGUUCGACACCGCCUUCCAGUCUCUCGAGCUGUGGCUCGUGGACAGAGCCGUCCUCCCGAUCGAGAAUUCGCUCGGAGGAACCAUCCACAGGAAUUGCGAUCUUCUGCUGCGCCACCGACUUCACAUUGUAGGGGAGGUCCAAUUGCCAGUGAACCAUUGCCUUCUUGCCCUGCCUGGAGUCCAGAAAGAGCAUUUGAAGCGGGUCAUCAGCCAUCAGCAAGCUUUGGCACAAUGCGAGCAGACUCUGUCCAAGCUCGGCGUCGUCCGCGAGGCUGUCGACGAUACAGCAGGUGCGGCUCAAUUCAUUGCCGCCCAUGGAAUCAGGGACACUGGAGCGGUCGCAAGUGCAAGGGCGGCGGAAAUCUACGGGCUGAACAUCCUGGCGGAGGGCAUCCAAGACGACAAGGCGAAUGUGACGAGGUUUUUGAUGUUGGCGAGGGAGCCCGUGAUCCCAAGGAACGAUCGGCCCUUCAAGACCAGCAUCGUGUUCACUUUGGAGGAGGGUCCCGGGAUGUUGUUCAAAGCUCUGGCCACCUUCGCUUCGAGGAACAUUAAUUUGACCAAGAUCGAGAGCCGACCACAAAGGAGGAAAGCCAUGCGUGUCGUGGAUGAGAAGAGUGGCAGCAGUGUGGCGAAGUACUUCGACUAUCUGUUCUACGUGGAUUUCGAAGCUUCAAUGGCCGAUCCCCGGGCCCAAAAUGCUCUGGGUAACUUGCAGGAGUUCGCCACCUUCCUCAGAGUGCUCGGCAGCUACCCAAUGGAUGUCAAGCCAAUGUAAAUGAAAAGAUGUAGGAUGCAGGUAUAGAAAAAUUCUUUGCGAAGGUCGAUGGAUUGUAAAUCAUCAAUUUACUUCGUGCGGGUGAGGAAUUCCUCGAAGACCCGCAUAUGGGACUGGAUCCUCUGCCCCCGCGCCUCAUUUGUAUAUCUCUAUCUGGAGUCCAACCCCUUUGAUCAGUUUCUGCCACUCGAUCUAGCAAUCGAAAUCGAGGGGGUUGAGAUUCGUGUGACUAGUUUACAAUAGUGAUCUACUACUAGUUGGGCCUUGGCCACUCCCACAUUUUUGAAACCCAAAUUUCGCAUUAUUCACCCAUCAGUAUAUAGCUCAGCCCGUGCACUUUCUUUCGGCACCUCAAUCAGCGCUAGGGAUAUCUGCAAUGUCGAAAGACCUCGAAGUGCCGGAAUUGUCGAUUACGGUUGUUUUGCGCCAAACACACUGGUCCAUGUACAUCAUAGAUCCUCGCAUCAACCAUGACUGAUGGGUUGAUGAAGUGAACUAUGCCCUUCACUUCUUAUAUUCGAUUAAAGUUAUAUCGUUCGAAUUAUAUUCUUUUUGGUACUCUUCUGCAUUUGGAAUGGAACGCAUACAUCUAAAUUCUUCCUCUUUUCUCAAGCAGUCAAUCUACCUGGUGCGAAGCUCGUUGUGUGCAUACAAGCUGAGUAUGAACAUUGGGGCACGAACUAUGCGUAGUCGGUUUUGACAUGAAUUCUACAAGAAAAGCUCAUUCUCGAUCGAUAGCUGACCAAUACUGUCGAAGUCAAGACAGCGACGAUGAAUGGCCAAUAAUCAAUUGCUACUAGAAAUGAUGAUUCCUCAGGUUGCUGUUCAUCGUCGGAGAAAGAAAAAGUGCA